GGGGCGCCCGCCAUCCGCGGCGCGGCCCCGCGGGCUUCCUUUUCCUGCGCGUUGGAUGUUGUGGUUGUUUUUGGGUUCCCCCCCCUGAGCUGCGUGCUGGGGGCGGGUGUCCGGGAGCAGCAAGCCGCGGGACUGUUAGGAAGCGGUCUGCAAGGGGAAAGCAGCGGUAGCUCAGCGUUCUCGCCGUUGGCGCGUUGCGUCUGGUUCUCUGGACCAAGAUACUGGCCAUCUCGUAAAGAUGCUUAUUAAUAGCUCUUCAAGUCUGCAAUAAAAAAUGGCCUCCAAUAAAACUACGUUGCAAAAAAUGGGAAAGAAACAGAAUGGAAAGAGUAAAAAAAUUGAAGAGGCAGAGCCUGAAGAAUUUGUGGUGGAAAAAGUACUGGACCGACGUGUAGUAAAUGGGAAGGUGGAAUAUUUCCUGAAGUGGAAAGGAUUUACAGAUGCUGACAAUACUUGGGAACCUGAAGAAAAUUUAGAUUGUCCAGAGUUGAUUGAAGCAUUUCUUAAUUCUCAAAAAGCUGGUAAAGAAAAAGAUGGUACAAAAAGAAAAUCUUUAUCUGACAGUGAAUCUGAUGAUAGCAAAUCAAAGAAGAAAAGAGAUGCUGCUGACAAACCAAGAGGUUUUGCCAGGGGUCUGGAUCCUGAACGAAUAAUUGGUGCCACAGACAGCAGUGGAGAAUUGAUGUUCCUCAUGAAGUGGAAAGAUUCAGAUGAGGCUGACUUGGUGCUGGCAAAAGAGGCAAAUAUGAAGUGUCCUCAAAUUGUAAUUGCUUUUUAUGAAGAGAGACUAACUUGGCAUUCUUGUCCAGAAGAUGAAGCUCAAUAAUUGUACGCAUUGCUUUUUAUAUAUAUUUAUAUAUAUAUAUAUAAAAUCUGGGUUUUGGUUUUGAUUUACUUGUGUGAAGAAAUAACUACGUUCUAAUGAAAAUCAAGUUUGAUAUGUUCAUUUCAAGUAGUAUGGGGGCUGGGGGAGGGUUGUGUGUGUUGGGGGGGUUAGUGGGGUUGGUUUUUGAGGGUUUUUUGCAUCUAAUAGCACUGGUUACUUCGAACAAAUAAAGCUUUCUAUAGUUGCUUUUUUUUAUCAGAGAAGAACAUUGAUGCCAUGGUACAUUCGCAUUAGAGAACAGCUUUACUAAUUAUUGGAAGGAAAUUAACAUAAUCAUUCAUUCUGAAUUUAUGUUUAAUUCUCAUGCCUAUGGGCCAUUCUGGAUAUUUUGUUCAUUUUGUUUUUUAUUUUGUGUGUGUAUAUGUGUGUAUAUAUAUAUAUGCGUAAAAUACAUACGUAAAUGGUUUUCGUUCUUUUAUAAACAUUCACCAAAUGUUACAACCUUUUAAAACCAUGAAUAAACCCUGUUUCUAGGUUGCCAUUUUUGGAAAUGCCUAACUUUUCCCUGACGCUUUAACCUUCCAAAUAGCUUGAUUUGUGAUUGGAUAAUAUAAAAGCAGCUGCAUCUAAAAUUGAUCAUCUUGUUCUGCAGUCAUAUAAAUCUGAGUUUAUUUGAAAAUUCUUGAAAAGGAAAAUUGCAUCUCUACCCAGACAAGCAAAUUAAAUCCCUGUUGUUUUAAUUAACCAAGCAAGACUUGGUAGUCACUUAAUAUUUUCUUUUAUGGACCAUUCCUUUACAAGAAGUUGAAAUCUUGGAACUUCUGAAGCUCUAUUCUUGGAAACCUACCAGUUUUGAUACUGGCAAUAUAGGGCUUUCUGUAAGAAAUGGGUGAAAAGACUUGUCAUCUAAAGUCUUACCUGUCGUCGUUCUUUGCCCUGACUCGUUCCUUACAUGUAGGCUUGAUCUUUUCAGUAUUUGGUUCAGCAGAAACCAGGAAAAAAGAUAACUUGAUAGUAAUCAGAAUGUUAACCAACUGUAUAUUGUUUACUUUAUUGUAAAUACUGGUGAACAGUGGUCAAUAAAUAGUUUUAUAUUCCUUUA